UGUGUUGUGUGUCGCUCGCCGCAGUGUUUGAAUAGGAGGGAACUGCGCUGCAUUAUUAUUCAGAUUGUCCUGCCGGGGGGAAGUUAGUGCGGUCACAGCACCUGUCCCUCCUCCUUCUGUCUGCUUGUGUGUUUAUUCACCUCACAGCUUUUCUGCUAUCUUGUUGUUUUAGGCUUUUGUCUCAGCCAGAGUUCUUUCAGAAAGGAAGUGACCCAAAAAUACGAACACUGAACCAACAACUCAAGAGAAAACAGGUUUCAUGGUUGGCACGAGGAAGUUGGUGAAGUUAUGGAGGGGAAAGAAAACACAGUUUAUGAUUUGUGAAACACUAACUUUGUUUGGGAAAACAAAAGUGUUGGUGGGUAGGAGUGACGUCAUGGCCGGCUCAGUCACCUCCAGUUCUAAAGAGCGCCCAGCUUCCAGAACCAGCUUCAUUCCAGAGCUGCAGAGCAUGAUGUUUGCUCUGGGAGACGCCCGCAGGCCUCUGUAUGAAACUGCAGCCCUCGUAGAGGACAUCGUACACACACAGCUCAUCAACAUGCUGCAUCAGGCCUGUGAGGGCGCCGCCCUUCGAGGUUCAAGGGUAAUUUCAGCUGAGGACAUCCUGUUCCUGAUGAGGAGAGACAAGAGGAAGCUGGCACGAGUGUUAAAAUAUCUUCAGUUUAGGGAUUACAAAUCCAAACUAUUAAAAAAUCUAGAGGAAGAAGAUGUGCAGCAGGAGCCAGGGGGUCUGGCUGCCGGGGGGAAUCAGCGCCGGCAGCGACUGGCCCAGGACUUCCUGGUAUGGAUGGACCAAACUGGAGAAUUCCUUUCAUUGGCUGAGAAACAGGAAGUUGACCCAGUCAAACAGGAGAGGAUGGAGCGUUUGGAGCGACACACUCGAAACAUGGAUCCAGCUCAGUACACAGAGUUCUGCGAGAGCCGACAGCUGAGCUUCGCCAAGAAAGCGUCAAAGUUUCGGGACUGGCUGGACUGCAGCAGCCUGGAGCUGAAACCCAACAGCAUUGCCACAGAGAUCCUCUCAUACCUGGCCUAUGAGACGGUGGCACAGAUUGUAGAUUUGUCUCUGCUAGUGAAGCAGGAGAUGACGGUGAAGACCAAUCCUGUCAGCCAUGUGAUCUCAGCCAGCUACAUCCACUACAACACACACACCGAGGUGAAGAAAGAUCCAGAUUCACCUGAAGCUACGCCCCCAUCCACUCCAGGCUCCUCCCACUCCUCGAAGCCCCUCCUACAGGGAAACGGCAGCUUGGACAGCCGAGCCAGACAGAGGAAACGAAAAAAGAGCUCUCCGGCCACAGUGGAGCCCCCUAGUGGAGCCAUCCAGCCGUGUCACAUCAGAGAGGCCAUCAGACGAUACAACUACAGACACACAAGUGCAUACAGGAGGAGCGGGAUGGCUUUCCUCACCUGCUGAAGCAGAGUUUAUAUCCAAUUUCUUGUCGUUUGGUUCACUUUUAGUAAUAAAGACUUAAACAUAAGGACUUAUGGGUUUGAUUGAUGAAAAACUUUAUUGGUCACUGGUACAGAAAUGACUACUGAACAUGCUCAAAACGCAGCUUGGGUCAUCACAGCAACAUCAGCACAUAGAGGCAGAGCUUCGCAGAGGUUUGAAGUGAUGAUCAGGAAAAAGCAAAAAAAAAAAAAAAAAA